CGCAAUAGUGUUCCACUAUGCACCGCCCGUGACUCUAAUGGUCUGUGACUGUAAUCCAUUUCUCUUCAUUUAAAUUUUAUUAAUUUUUUUUCCCAAAUUCUACAAAAAUUUAAUUCAUUUCCAUACACCCAUUCACAUAUAUAUAUAUAUACACACACAUCGUUCUCUAAUGGCAUCUUCGAAACUACUGCAUCAUCCUCUUUCCUCCUCCGCUAAAUCUCACCGGAGAAAAUUCCCAAUCCGCUGCUUCUGCCUCCUAAUCACCGCCAUGUCCUCCAUUCUCAUCCUUCUCUUCUCUCUCUCCAUCUUCGCCUCUCCCUCUUCCUCCUCUCGUCACCACCACCACCACCACAAUUCCCCAGAACUACCCUCCGGCAAUCCUCCGGCCAAUCCCUCGUCGCCUCCCGCCGCUCAGAUCCGCCUCGCCUGUAACGCCACUCGUUACCCAGAUCAAUGCGUCUCCUCCUUAUCCGAACCGGGUCGGGUCCCUUCGGAUCCUAGCACAUCUCAGAUCAUCCACUCAGCGAUCUCUCUCUCUCUCCAAAACCUCAAAACAGCCCAAUCGAAAGUGAAGUCUAUCGUAGACGCGUCCGUAGGGAAUCUAAACCGCACCAACGCCGGCAACACGUGUCUCCAGCUCCUCUCGUACUCCGUGCUCCGUACCCAAUCGGCUGAUCAAGCUCUGACACGUGACAAAAUCAAAGACGCUCGCGCUUGGCUGAGCGCUGCUCUCGUGUACCAGUACGAUUCAUGGUCCGCGCUCAAAUACGUCAACGACACGAACCAAGUCGGUGAAACGAUGUCGUUUCUCGACGCACUUAUCCACGUCACCAGUAACGCGCUUGGCAUGAUGGUGUCGUACGAUAACUUCGGAGACAACGUCGCGUCGUGGAUCCACCCGGCAACGGAGAGGGACGGGUUCUGGGAGAAGACUGGGCCGGGUCUGGGCUCGGAUCCGAGUACAUUGCAUUUUCCUUCCGGUUUAAAAGAAGACGUGACGGUCUGUAAAAACGGGAAAUGCGGUUACAAGACGGUGCAGGAUGCCGUUAACGCGGCGCCGGAGGGUAACGGAAUGCGUAAGUUUGUUAUUAAGAUUAGCGAAGGUGUGUAUGAGGAGACCGUUAGGGUUCCCUUUGAGAAGAAGAACGUUGUGUUCAUCGGAGACGGUAUGGGCAAAACGGUCAUUACAGGCUCGUUGAACGCCGGGAUGCCUGGGAUCACCACGUACAACACUGCAACUGUCGGAGUGGUAGGAGAUGGAUUCAUGGCUCGUGAUCUAACGUUCCAGAACACGGCGGGACCAGACGCUCACCAAGCGGUUGCGUUUAGAUCCGACAGUGACUUUUCUCUACUCGAGAACUGUGAGUUCCUUGGGAACCAAGACACUCUCUAUGCUCAUGGCCUUCGACAGUUUUACAAAAGCUGCCGUAUCCAAGGAAACGUUGACUUCAUCUUUGGAAACUCAGCUUCAGUCUUUCAAGAUUGCGAAAUCCUGAUCGCACCGCGACAAGUUAAACCCGAGAAGGGCGAGAAAAACGCCGUCACUGCUCAAGGAAGGGUCGACCCGUCACAGUCCACGGGUUUCGUGUUCUUGAACUGUUUGAUAAAUGGAACAGAGGAGUACAUGAAGCUGUAUAAAGCUAACCCUAAGGUGCAUAAGAACUUCUUGGGGAGGCCAUGGAAAGAUUAUUCAAGGACUGUGUUUAUAGGCUGCAAUUUAGAAGCUUUGAUUACUCCUGAUGGAUGGUUACCGUGGAGCGGGGAAUUCGCGCUCAAGACGCUAUAUUACGGUGAAUCUAAGAAUACGGGUCCGGGAUCGGAUAGGUCACAAAGGGUUUCAUGGAGCAGUGAGAUACCAGAUGAGCAAGUUCAUGUGUAUUCCGUGGCUAACUUUAUUCAGGCUGAUGAAUGGGGUUCCAUGUCUGCUUGACUCGACCUAAAGAUUGAAAAGGAUUAAAGGAAAGUUUUCUAAGAAGAAAACCUUCUCAUUGUACUUUAGUUGAGAAUUUUAUAAAUCUAUACUUUACAUUCAUGUUAUAGCAAUUGAAAGUUCAGUUAUUUAGGACUAAUUGAUGAAGUCAAAUAACGGUAAUAGCUUUUUGGCU